AUGGAAUCUAAGAAUCAGAGCUUAGUAAGAUAUUUCAUUAUACAAGGGAUUUCCGGCCUCCCUGAGCUACAGGUUCCGAUCUUUCUCCUGGUUCUGUUUCUGUAUAUCUUGACUCUGGCUGGUAACAUGACCAUCCUUCUCCUGGUCUGUUUGGAUCGACACCUUCACACCCCCAUGUACUUCUUCCUGUGCAAUCUGAGUAUCCUGGACAUGUUUUCCACAACUCUUACUCAACACAAUGUCCUUGUUUUCUUUAUUACAAAGAACAACAGAGUUUCAUACAAUACCUGCAUAACUCAGAUGUAUUUUUUUGGGUGUUUUAUUUGCGAUGAGUUGUUGUUUCUUACGGCCAUGAGUUAUGAUCGAUAUGUUGCAAUCUGUAACCCUUUGUGUUAUCAUAUGUAUAUGAAUAACCAAGUUUGUGCUCUCCUGGCCCUUAGCUGCUGGUUAAUUGGAUUUAUAGAAGUAAUUCCUUACAUCAUUUUAUUACUAGGUUUCUCAUGUUAUAAAUCCAACAUAGUUAACCAUUUUUUCUGUGACCUCGUUCCUCUUAUGAAACUCUCUUGCAGUGACACAUCUGUUUUGGAAAUCCUGAGCCUCACAGAAGGAUUUCUCCUUAUGACCUUCACACCAUUUCUUCUUACCUUCAUCUCUUAUGUCUUUAUAAUUGUCUCCAUAUUAAAGAUAAGAUCCAGCAUCGGGAGACGUAAAGCCUUCUACACCUGUUCCUCCCAUCUUACUGUUGUCAUCCUUCUCUAUGUCACCCUCUUUUCCCAAUACCUGAAACCAACCGCAACAGACACUUCGGAAUCUUCAAAAUUUGUUUCACUUUUUAACACAGCUGUUGUCCCAUUACUAAAUCCUUUAAUAUACAGUUUGAAAAAUAAAGAUGUGAAGGUGGCCUUAGCGCGAAGAUUUAAAUGUAACUAUUAA